AUGGCGGAAGCACAAGCGGCGGCUCCUCCAGCGGAUGUUCCACCUCCAGAUUCACCGUAUUACCUAAGCUCAGGUGAUCAAAUGAAUCUCGUUCUUGUAUCCGAUCGUCUCACUGACGCUUUGGAUUACAAUUCAUGGUGUUGUUCCGUCACUAUGGCGUUGGAAGGCAGAAACAAGCUCGGAUUCGUAGAUGGAUCUUUGCCAAAACCUGCUGAAACUGAUCCGAAUCUCAAGCACUGGCUUCGCAAUAACGCGAUUAUCAAAUCGUGGUUACUCAAUUCUGUUUCGAAGACUAUCACAAUCAGUCUCAUGUAUGCGAAAUCGGCUAGAGAUAUAUGGCUCAAUCUUGGUACUCGAUUUCAUCAAAAGAAUGCUCCGAAGCUUUAUGCAAUUCGUCGUAAGCUCCGAUCUCUUAAACAAGGAUCUAUGGAUGUUGGUAACUAUUACACGCGUUUGAUAACGCUUUGGGAGGAGUUGAAGAAUUUGCAAUCGACUCCUUACUGCACCUGUGGAGGUUGCCAUUGUGAAGCUGAUCAUCGGUGGUUUGAAUUUUUUGAAAGUACAUUUGUCAUUGAUUUCCUAUAUGGACUCAAUGAUUCUUUUGAAACAGUCAGAGAUCAGAUCAUCAUGAUGGAUAAAGUUCCGGAUCUUGAGAAAACUUACAGUAUAGUUUCUCAAUAUGAGCAACAAAAAUUGAUCAAGAAUCAACCGAUUCAAGAAUCUGUAGUAUUCAAUAUUGCAGAGCAGCCUCAGAUUGUUAAUCAACAGAAAGAUCAGAUUGUUGCUGCAGUCUCUGGUCCACAAUUCAAGAACAAACAAAGACCACUUUGUACACAUUGUGCAUUGUAUGGUCAUACAAUACACAAAUGUUACAAACUUCAUGGAUAUCCUCCUGGAUAUCGACAUCCAUCAUCUCAAUCCAAUGAGCAACGACCACAAUUUGUGACGAACCAACAGCCGAAGACAACAUAUCAGAAUCAAAAGUUUUCAGCUCCUAUAUAUCAAAAAGGGACGAUAGCAAAUAUUUCUGCGAGUCAGUCUACUAUCAAAUCACCAAUUAACUACUUCUAA